CACUCACCCCAUAUGAUGAUAUUAUAAAUUUCAAUGUUGUUAGAGGUGAAUCGUCAAGCCUAGCAAGUUCGGACCGAAAAAAUCGUGGCCGUACAAUAGAUUCUCGAAAAGAAAUGGGAAGAAGAGGAGAUGCAAUCUUCCGAAAGACUUCUAGAGGAAUAAGACUUGAAUUCGGAGGUUCAGAAGCAAAUAUGUUCAUUAUCUUGUGUGAAAACGCAAGUUGGGACAUAAGGAAAAUGGAAGAGAUGGAAAACAUUCACGUGCUAGAUCUUCCAGCCGGUUAUAUCGAUGAUAUAACCCGUCUGACUAUCGCAUUCCAAGCGAUAGAAUUAAUUACAGUAGUGUGGACAAGUAAGAUGCAAGUUGUCCGAACGAUGGAAAUAUUACAACGCACUGAAGAUGAUGUUGUAAAUCAUUUGAAAAAUAUUUCCACUCGAAAAAAAAUUAAUCGCCAAAUCAAUAUUGAAGUUCUACCGGACAAUCAGAUGACGCCAAAGAAAAGAUAA